AGCGCCUCUCUUUUUCUCUCUCUCUCUCUAAAACUGAAGCUUUCUCUCUCUAGGUUUACAAUGAGCUCCUCGGAGACCCCAGAGGCUUCAGAUCUGUCACUGAAAUUCAAAUCCAAGAAGGCUAUGACUUUGACCCCCAAAUCGAAGCCGGAAUCCGACUCGGUUAUGACCGCGCCGACGCCGGAGCCGGCCCCGCCGAGAUCCCGGAGGCGGAGCGUCGCGUUUUCGAUCAGGGGAAUCAAAGAGGCCGCGGCGAGGAGUGGCGGCGAGAGUAGGAAGGAGCAGAUCGGAUCUGCCAGACGGCAAAUCGCGUGGGAGGAGGAGAAGGAGGAAGAGAGUGUGAAGAAGGCGGCGCCGCCGAAGAAGAAGCUGCCGGAGAAGUAUGAGAUGUUGGGUGAGUUCUUCAAUAGCUUGGAUAGUUCGAUUCGGUUGCUGAAGGCUAAGGGAUCGAAGACGAGCUUCAGGAAUAUCUGCCCUGCUGUUGAGGAUUUGACUGAUAGGAGGUUUACGUACGGUCACUUGGCUCAGUUGAAGCAUAUAUUGCCUGAGGUGAUUGAGAUAAAGAAGGUGCUUGUGUUGGAUGAGCGAACGAGUUGUUUGAGGCCGGAUCUUCAUGUUACUUUGAAUGUUCAGGGGUUGGAGAAUGAUGGCAGGGCGAAAUCGGAAGGGGGUGGGAUUGUGCAGUUGAAGAAGACACUAAAUUUGAGAAGGGUGUUUCGUGAUCGGCUUGUAGAGGUGUCGAGAUCCCAGCCUGAGGAUUAUGAAGUUCCAGAAGAAGCUCUGCCACAUCCCUUCAACUGUGGCAAGCAAGAUAUACAUUCAAAUGGGGUCCAGCUGCGCUCCUCAUCUUGUCCUGGUGAGGUAUCAACUGGUUGCCUUCAGCCUGAUAAAAUUCCAGAUGAAACACAUCAAAUGUCAUCUAAUCAAUCAACAGAGGAUAUGAACUUUAAUAUAAUCAGAACUCCCGGCUAUUCAUUGCCCAUCAAGACAUCAUGUGAAGUACCUGAAAUACAGAAACCAUACAAAGCAUUUCAUCUUCCACAGUCUUUUCGGAGGCACUUUUCUCAGAAAGCUAAAAGCAUCGAGUCAGAGAACUUACAAGAUGAUCCACCCAAGGCAGACCUCCGAGCUUCUACUCUUUCAGUUUCAGAGUCAAAUGUCAACAGUGUUUGCUCUGUUAAGGAAGAUAGCACUGUUGCUUCUGCACAUGGCCAAGUGCUCAAUGCAGUUUUCUCCGUUAAGGAAGAUAGUAUUGUUGUUUCUUGUCAUGGUCAAGUGCCUGCAACCCCAACAAAAAAGAUAGACCCUUCAGAGGAUGAUGGUUUGCCUGGAAAGAGUGCUGCCAUUCAGUCUGCUCCAGGAAAGCUUGCUUCAACUCCAACAAAGCUUGUUUCUACUCCAUCCAGGUUGAUGUCAAGCACACCUGCACCGAACCCGCCAAAGAGAUGUUUUAUGAGCCCAGAGGAUAGCUCGCCAAACAAGUUGGUGAGGCGUCCUCCACGCACCAGGUCAUUGAAAUUUGAUACUCCUGUCAAGAGUAGAAAUGCUGAAGAUGAAAUUCUUGAUAUGGAUGACAGAUCAAUUGAUGAGGACAUUCUUGAUAUCCUUCCUGGGGAUCUUUUGCAAUCGCUUAGAGAGAAGGAGCGGAAGGCAGUAGAGGAGAGAACUCCAGCCAUUACACAAGCUAAGAGGCGGCAGAAAAUGAUUGCUAACCUGCCUAAACUCUUUAACAUGAUUCAUUUCCUAGUUCAGUCAAUGAACCGUUCUUUUAUCACCAAACAGGAGCUUGUACACAAGAUAAUUUGGAACCACUGUAACAUGAUUGACAGAAAUGAUGUUGAAGAGCAACUUAACUUGCUGCUAGAAUUGGUUCCUGAUUGGAUUUCAGAAGAGAAACUCGGGGGAGAUUUGCUUUUCAAAAUUAAUAAAAGAUCAUGUCCUGAGGCAAUACGAUCCCGUCUUGAAGAAGCAAACUAAUCUGAAGAAUGGUUAACUUCCUUAAUGAGCUCCUGGUAACAUGUUUUGGUUAGUUGUUUAGUCAUGUAAAGUAUAUCUAAAUGGCCUUGUCAGGUAAUUAGCGUGAAGGCUUUUGUCUAGAGGGUUUCGCAACAGGAUUCUGAUUUGUUUUCAAUUUACCUAUGAAGGGUUUUAACGUAA